AUUAAACUAUCAGUACAUUUAUAUUAAAAGCAUAGAUACUUAAGACACAAGGAGCCGUUAAAACAUAAAGUUGGUAAUUCUAGUAACAGUCUAAAUACUUGUUCUUUUUUCUUUAACUAAAGUAACCUUGCACUGGAACUUCGUUUCUUUUGCUUUCCACGUUAUUAUAUAUUUCAAAAACUAAAUUAUAUACUUGUCUCUUAUUGAACAGAAAGUAAAUUGAACCGAAAAACAAUUUUCUUUGGUCUACUUCCUUUAUCUAACGUGUGUUGUGCCACAUGUACUACCGAAAUAUGUUCGAUACUUUCGAUUUAAGCCGUGUUACCAUCGAUAGUACUCAAUAAGAUAACUAAUCUAGACAAGCUAGUUAUUUGUUGAUCAAUAAAUCACUAUAUCAAUAAAUAUAAUGAGAUAUUUUAUGAUACGUAUCUGCCUUUACUCAAGAUAUUAAGUGGCCUGAAUGAAAAGUCACGCAAAAACGGCUCGGCAUGAUAUGUGUUAAAUUAAAAUGUGUUAGAUUCUGUCUCUAGAGUGAAAUAAGUGUCUAACUGAACGUUGAAGGAAAAAAGAACGAAGUUCAAUACAGCACUAAACAACUAAAAAGAAAUAGAUAUUUGGUAAAUACAUAUGAUCGUUGACGUAAAAAUCAUAUUGAAAAAUUGUGAUUCUUAAUUAAUAUUAUCAAGAAGAAUCACCCAACAGGAUGAGUUGUCCACGGCUUGUUUCAAAUUUUUGCACUCCUAAAGUUAUAUGGAGCCAAUCAGAUCUCACUGUCAUAAUUCGUGUUAUUUUAAUUGAUGUAGCUGAUUAUUAUCUUCGAGUUGAAGACAAUUAUUUAUAUUUUAGUACAGUAACAAAUGGUAAAAGUUAUUAUCUUAUCUUGCAAUUGUUUGGGGCAGUAAUAGCAGAAAAAACAUUACACAAGAAUGUUGGAAGAGAAAUUAAAAUCUACCUCACAAAGGGACUCAAAUGGUUUCAAUGGUUAAGACUGAUUGUAUCCAAAGAAAAGGAUCCUCUUAUAGCAUAUGAUUUGGAUUCUAUAAGCGAAAAAGAAUAUGUUAAGAAAAAUUUACUUGUUUGUGGAACUGUUGAGGAGAUUAAAUGUCGAUAUAACAAAACAUAUAUAAGGCCACCUAUAGAUGAAGAAUCUGACUCUGAUGAUUAUGAUGAAGAUUUGGAUCUUCUAGGAUAUGCAUAACAAAUAUUCCAUAUAUAUUUUAUAUCAUAUUUAUAGAAUAUUCAAUUGAAAAACAUUUUAUCUUACCAAGUAAGGAAUGUAUGAGUGAUGGUUAUAUAUACAAUUAGGAUAAUGAUUUUAUAUAUGAGUGUCUAGAUAUACAUAUGUGU